GAACACUCUAUCUACCCCCGUCGUGUGGGCAGCCCGUCUUCGAAUGUUUCGCUAGGUCUGCGCAGCUCAGCCGAAUUACAUGCAUUGCCCCGCGCCUAGAUUCGCUGUGCAUACAAGGUUGGGGUUCUGUGUGUUCGUGUAUAGUCAAUAACGGGAAGCCUGUGCUAGCACUAGCAGGCAACUUGAGAGCGAAGGGACUCUGUGCCUCUUUUUUUUUUCUUUUUAAUGCGUUUCCUGUGUAAUACGGGCAGGGCCCACUCAUGGAAUAUUGAGUUGAUCUCACUCAAGCACUGGCUUUAGCCAGCUAGCUAGCUGCUGCAAGCUUGUUGUCAACAUUACUUGCUGUAACGCAUCAAACACCCGCCAGCGUCGUAAAUUGCUCCGACAUUGUUCCCUAUUUCGCAUUCGCAGAGACGGUAAUACACAUGCAAAGUCGUAGUCAUGUAAGUGGCCGUGCAUACGAGUUAUAAGCAUCGAGGAAUGCAUAGACUCUUUCGAAUGAAAGUGAAGGCCUUCGCUUUUUUCCUCUCUCAGCAAAGUGGCGACACUCCCUUCUUUUUGCUCAGCCGCGUUAGGAUAAAGGGAAGAAAACAUAAGUCUCAUCGCUCUCAACCGAAGAAUCUGAGCUGAAUAUUAGCUGUUAGACUGUCUACAAAGCCAGACGUAUCAUCGUGGGUCAACCUUGUAUUUUCAUCGGCAUACCAGCACAAUAACAGGGUGCCUUCUUAUCUCUACUAGGGCACUCUUGUCGAGGUGUGUCCCUGUUUGACCUCAGCGGCAGCUCAUACACUACAGAAUCGAGGCCAAACAUACGGCGGCAAGCCAGCUAUACAGGCUGCCAGCCCCGUGCAAGCCAGCUUGCCAGCCGGGCUAGGCGUGUGUGUGUUUUGUGUUGGUGUUAGCAGCGGGCGUCGCCUAGCCAGCAGCCGACCGGGGCAUUCCGACAGGGCCCCGCUCAUAUUCAUCUUGUUUACUUCUCGCUGCCCAUGAAGAAGAAAAAGAGCUGUCUUUCCAGCAUGGAGCUGAGUGAUAUUGGAGAGAGGGUUUAUGCCGCGGAGUCUCUUCUCAACAGAAGGAUUCGAAGGGGCAAAGCAGAAUACCUUGUCAAGUGGAAGGGCUGGUCUAUAAAGUACAGUACUUGGGAACCAGAGGAUAAUAUCAUUGACAAAAGACUGCUGGAAUCGUUCAAAAAGCGCCGAAAAGAACUUGAAGGAACUGCAGGACAUGGGACACCAGGUCGCAAGAAACGCAAAUCUAAGGUAUGUUUUAGAUUUCGUUGUGUUUUCCACCCCUAUCCAAACGACCAUUUUUAGCCCCCCGCACCCGACAUUUGCUAAUUAAAACAAUUCUAACGAAUAAACGGAAAGUUCUUGUUCAAAACCCGCAAACGAACAAAAUCUGCAAUUAUAGUGGAAUACAUUUCCCAAAUGUUAAUUAUUUAGAGGUUUUCCAUUGCCGAGAAAUAACUUGAAUAUGGAGGAAAGUUCGUGAGGGAAAAUUGCUCAGUGACUGGGAAUACAUUAAUAUACGUGCAAACAUAGCGGGAGGCAUGAGAGCGCACGUAAGCCAUCGCUAUUCUCUCUCUCCCCUUCGGCGGCUGCUCCAACUAAUAAUAAUGCACUGCGCAUGUGCAGUGAGGAGAUAGUGGCUUUAGAGUGCCAUCUUCUUCUCUGUGCAAUUACUCUUCGCAUAAUUUUACGUGUUAGAAUAUUGGUUGAACCGUGAGUAUGUCCGCCACCGUGUUAUCUCCCACAACUAUUCGUACUGCAGCUUAUUACGCUAUUCAUGGAUUUUGAUGACCAAAAUUCAGCGCGUAGGCCCAUUAUAAUGCAUAUUGGGAGCUCCGAGCUAUAGGUCUUUGCUAUGAUGCAGUAAAUUUGGUUACAUAUUGCGUUAAUGACUCCAUGACUCUAUGGACUGUUAUCCCGGCCAGCUGGUCAAUUCAAGGGUCGGAUCAGGGUCUUAGUAUUAGCGGCCCGGGGGGGGGGGG